CCCAACUCUCUCCGCUUCCCAAAUCACUCUGUGCGGGUUUCUCGGCUGAGUCGCGUUCCCAAAACUUGUCCACGAAUCUACCUAGCAACUCACCGUUUUCAUAACAUCCCAAGUCAACAAACUCCUCUAUGGUACUGUACUAACAUACCAAGAUGGCUUCUCCCAAGAGCUUUCCAAAGAACGCGACGACCUCCAACCCCUCAGUCCUUACACAACGCUUGACCGAGGCUCAUACUCAAAUCACUCAGCUUCUCUCGAUCUGUGGCGCACCAGGCAUCGCUUACGGCAUUAUCCACCAUGGUGUUCUGCUAUCCACCGAUGCGUGCGGGUAUCGCGAUGUUGAGAGCCGACUCAGCCCAAACAAAGAUACAAAGUUUCUCAUCGGUUCCAUCUCCAAAACCUUCCUCUCAGCGGCUGUCGGCCUUGCUGUUCGCGACGGCAGAAUCAAUCUUGACGCGCCCCUUUCGAAGUACCUACCUACCUUCAACCCGAAGAGCGGCAGCGAUCCUCGAGUUCGUGAUGCAACUAUCAGGCAGGUUCUCAGCCAUACGAGCGGCUUAGGCAAUCCGCAGAUCCUCAUCAAUGGACCUCGCGAUAGCGCCCUACAAGGCGAGGCAGACUUUGUCACCUUUACCAAUCAGAUUCCAACGUCAAACAAGAAGGGUGAUCGUUUUGGGCGCUGGACAUAUAGCAAUCUGGGCUAUGGUCUUGUCGGGCUAGUGCUACAGAAUGUUUAUGGCUGUCGUUAUGCGGACCUUGUGCAAGAGCAGUUGUUGACUCCCCUUGGUCUUCAUCGGACAGCACUGAACAAAGCUGAUGCUUGUGACAUGCCUGGAGUAAGUUUGCAAAAAGAAGGAGGCUACUAUGGCAGAGAAGCAGUAGAUGUUGCCUCCAUUCGGAGUGAAAAUCAAGAUCAAAGUCCAGGUCAAGCUCAAGGUCAACAUCAAGGUCAACAUCCAGGCCAUGGAAAUUCGAGGAACCCGGAUCAGAAUGUCGCCUUCCCCUACGCAAGGCUCCAAGAUGGGACUCAUUGCAGACUGAUGUGUGACAAUACCACCGACGAGCAUCGAACAACUUUUCUAGCGCCAAUGGGAAUGCGAAGCAGCGUUAGUGACCUUGUCAGCUGGGGCGCAGCGAUAAUUUCUCCUCAACCACCCCCUGCUCUUUCGACAAUCACCACACUUAUCGAAGACCGCCACUCGUGGAAAGAAGGGCGACGACAAUGGCAUUAUCACAUGGGCUGGGCUCGAACACAUUUUCCGACAGAUUGGCUGGGUAUAUUGAGCUUCAAUUGUUGCUCAGGGAAUCGUCCUGUUCUGGACUUCCAAGAGAAAGCUACCCCGGUACUCCAAACAAACGGCACUAUGAAUGGCUCGACGGCUGUUAUUUACACCUUUCCAAGCACCCAGACUGUGAUCGUUGCCUGUGCGAAUGCUGCGUCGGAUGGUGAUGCUGCAGAUUGGACUGCCAAAAUACUAGCACAGAGUCUCUUGGCUCCGAACGAUCAAAAAGUCGACUUCCUCAAACUUGCUGAGCUCGAGGCACAAGCUCGUCGCUCCAUGUACGAGCGAAUGAUACGUGAGUGGGAAGACGGAAGACAGUCUGAGUUUCCAGGGGAAGUUUGUCUUCUCGAUUAUGUGGGUGUAUACGAAGGGCUUGGAACUACUCUCGAGAUAUCAGUCGUCUGUACAGCCAGAACAAGUGCUGCAGAACCUGUUCCUCACGGCGGGCUUCUUGGUGAACGAGAUAUGUCCAAGGACACAAGACAACAACCUGAGAAAGUCGAGUUGCAAUUGGUGUUCAAUGGCGUGCUGGAAUCAGCCCAGAGCCUGGAAUGGUAUCGCGAUGAUGUGUUGAGCUUCUUCCCGCAGACCAGGGAUAAGUGGCUUGGAGAAAGUAUGUUCAACUGGGACUUUGUAGACACAGGAUUAUUGAAGUUCAAGAGGGAUUGCGAGGGAGACAGCCAAUCUCGGCAUGAUACUCCGGCUGAUGCUGACACUGUUGCCACUAGUGAUCUGGCGGAUAUUGAUGACAGAGACGCUAUCGAGAAUGGCAGCCGUGGUGGUAGAUUUGAGGAGCGCAAAAUCGAUGAAGUCUCGGCACUACCAACGACUUCAAAUUCCAGACGCAGUCCUGUCGUAUCACUCACAUGGGGUUGGGAUGAAGCUGAAAAUCCAGGGACUUUCACCAAAAGAUAAAUAUCAUAAGCAGAGAAGUAGACACCAAUGUAUC